CCCCCCACACACUCUGUCCCCUUCCUCCACCCCUAGGCUGGUUGCAGUUAGCUCACGGGGCUUGGGCUUCGGCUUGCAAGAGUUUAGGGGGCAACGAACAGAGUGACCCUGGGGGUGCCCACGCCCGACAGCCGCCCCGACGCCUAGGACCUCCGGGCAAGGAUGCAGCAGGGGGUUUAGGGAAGCACUUCUAUCCCCUCCUCUUCUGAGCCCUGGCAGGGUGGUUUCCCAUCCCCCUCAAGAUAUUCAUGGAUGGAUGAGAGGAGCUGACACUGAUCUUCCCCUCUGGGAUCACCUUUUCUUCGGCCAUGGAGGAAGCCCUGUUGCCCCUGGCCAUGACUUCUGACCCCAGGCCCUUUAAUCAACAACUCCCAGAGCCUCCAGACCCAAGAUGUGCCUUGGAACCCCAGGACAAUCCUGAACUGGCACCCGCCCUGGUGUGUGCUCUUUGCUGCUGCUUUGGAAUCAUCUACUGCUGCUUCGGCUACCGCUGCUUCAAGGCAGUAAUGUUUCUCUCGGGCCUGUUGUCGGGAGCUCUGGUGAUCUUCCUGCUGUGCCACAAGGAGCGAGUGCUAGAGACACAGCUGAGCCUGGAGGUGAGCGCGGGCAUUGCGCUGGGCAUCGGACUCCUCUGUGGCCUGGUCACCAUGUUGGUUCGCAGCGUUGGGCUCUUCCUGACUGGUCUCCUGCUAGGCCUGACCCUGGGUGCCGGGGCCCUGCUGGGCACAGAGCCCAUCUACCAACCACCUUCAGCCUGGGUGCCAGCUGGGGGGUUGGUGGGGCUGGCACUCCUGGGAGCCCUGCUCACGCUUCGGUGGCCACGUCCAUUCACAGUUCUGGGCACAGCCCUGCUGGGUGCUGCAGUGCUGGUGGCCUGUGCUGACUACUUCCUAGAGGGGCUGGCACUGGGCAGUCGGCUGGGCCAACGCUUGCAGGCACUUCCAGCCUUGCCUCCUCUCUGCUGGUAUAGCUGGGUCUUGCUGGGCACCUGGCCAGCCCUGGGGGCCCUUGGGGCCCUGGCCCAGUGGAAGCUCAUGGAUGAGGAACAUGGAGGCCACGCCAAUGCAGUGGUCUUGAGCCACCAGCGAAGGCAUCUUCAACUCCUUCGGAUCCGCCAGCAAGAGGCCAAGUUGCACCGGACAUCCGCUGGGGUGGGGCUCUGUGAAGGCAGCUACCGGCGCCAGCUUCCCCCCAAUACCCGGAGCCCCGCUGAUAGUCUGGCUCCCAGUUAUCUCCAGAGCCUUCGAGAGCGCCAACUGGGACCAGGCCCCCAGGCCACAGCCCCCCACACCAUCCUGGACCUGGAUUCUGACUGUGGUUCCACUGUACCCCUCACCACACCUUCUGGUUCCACCCGGACCUGAGCCUAAACCUGAUGCUUCGACCCCUAGCAAGGGCCUUGGAACACCAAGUGUGCAGGGCCUGAACCCACAGGACCCGCACACAAACUUCCCCACCUCUGUCACUGGGGAUAGAAUCUGUACUCCAACCCAGACCAGUCCUGUAGGGAUAUGUUUCAGGGACAGAUAAAGGGGAAUCUUGUAGGGAGGGGAGAGGAAUGGAAGGCUGAAUACCUACCUCUGUCCAAUUAUAGAGGUGCCCUGCCCCUAGAGUAACUGGCUUCCUAAUUCCCUCGAAACCAAGGAGGGCCCUUACCCAAAGAGCCUUUUACAUACUUGCCUCAGUGUGCCUCACGAUGGUAGAUUAGGGGGUUUUGUUGUUGUAGGACCUACAGAAAACCAGGUAGCUCCCUAAAGCACUUGAUAGCUAUUUGAUGGGGAGAAGGGUACAGAGGAGCUCCUGGCUUCCAUAGGCUCAAGUCCCGUUCUCCUACCUCAUUUGGGAAUACAGUCCUCCAUGGUGCUUCCCUUUCUCUCCUUAAUGUGGGGAAGACCACGGGACAAUGCAUGGCACAGAACCUGCCUCCCCCCACAGCUGUCUACUUCUCCAAGGGGAGACCAUUGGCACACAUGCCAGAGUCUUGCCCUUUUGCCCAAAGCAGCCUGGUCUUCACCGCUGCAUGGGAGACAAGUGCCUUCUCUGCUUCUCAUUGUAGGUGAUGCUCAUCUCUUUCACUAGAACUUUAUCCCAGCCACUAACCCAUUAUAACUCCCUCCUCUGAUUUUCCUGCUCAGAGUCUGUUCCCUGGUUCCCUGGACAGCAUGAAGGAAGAUGUGUUCCUCCCCUGGGCAACAGAGCUAUGAUGGGAGGGAGGAAGAAUAUGGAGCAUGUGAAUAAAAAGGCAUUGAACACUGAA